CCCCGAAGCGGAGCCGUGCCUCCCGCCUUACCCCUACUACCGCCUCACGGCCCCUUCCGCGGCGGCGUUCGGGAGCCGCAGCUCACAACAGCUGAAACAUCCUGACAUCCAAGAAUUUUCAUCGAGGGGAGUGGGGUAAUGAGCCUCUAUGCUAGAGAUGCUGACUGCCUCACAGGAUUGAGAGCCUGAAAGAAAAGGAAUGCACAAGAUGACAGCACUACCUCCAGUUGUGUUGAUUUUCAGGAACUGAUAUUCAAUGGCUAGAAACAGAGGCGACAAGUGGCUGAAAUGAAUAUGACUGCUAUUCUCCAAGAGAUCUUGAUUAAAAGGUCACAACAGAAGAAGAGGACUUCUCCUUUAAACUACAAAGAGAGGCUUUUUGUACUUACAAAUUCUAUGUUAACAUAUUAUGAAGGUCGAGCAGAGAAAAAGUACAGAAAAGGAUCUGUGGAUAUUUCAAGGAUCAAAUGUGUGGAAGUUGUACAAAAUGAUGGUAUUAUUCCCUGUCAAAAUAAAUAUCCGUUUCAGGUUGUAUAUGAUGCUAAUACACUUUAUAUUUUUGCACCAAGUGCACAAAGCCGGGAUCAGUGGGUGAGGAAUCUGAAAGAAGGAAUAAAGAACAACAGCAAUAUAAUGAUAAAAUAUCAUCCUAAAUUCUGGACAGAAGGAAUUUAUCAGUGCUGCAGACAGACAGAAAAAUUAGCACCUGGCUGUGAAAAAUACAAUCUUUUUGAAAAUAGUGUAGUAACGCUGCCCUUGCCAAUGCCAGAAAAAAGUAUGCGAAGGCCACCACCACCUGUUCCUCCAGCUGAGGAAAAUGACAAUGAAGAGGAGGAGAUAGUGGUUGCGAUGUAUGACUUCCAGCCCACAGAACGUCAUGAUUUAAGGUUAGAUAAAGGUGAAGAAUACACAGUAAUCGAGAAGAAUGACAUUCACUGGUGGAAGGCAAGAGACAAACAUGGGCAUGAAGGAUAUAUUCCAAGCAACUACGUAACAGGAAAGAAGUCCAGCAACCUUGAUCAAUAUGAGUGGUACAGCAGGAACCUGAACCGCAGCAAGGCAGAGCAGCUCCUUAGAAAUGAGGACAAAGAAGGUGGUUUUGUGGUGAGAGAUUCAAGUCAGCCUGGCCUGUAUACGGUUUCCCUUUAUACAAAAUUUGGAGGAGAAGGUUCAUCAGGAAUAAGACACUACCAUAUAAAAGAAACAGUGACAUCACCAAAGCAAUACUACCUUGCAGAAAAACAUCUCUUUAACUCCAUUCCAGAAAUAAUUGAGUAUCACAAACAUAAUGCAGCAGGUCUUGUUACCAGGCUGCGUUACCCUGUGACCCCAAAGAAGACAACAGCACCAACAACUGCAGGAUUCAGCUAUGAAAAAUGGGAAAUUAAUCCAUCAGAGCUGACUUUCAUGAGGGAGCUGGGGAGCGGCCUGUUUGGAGUAGUGCGCCUUGGGAAAUGGAGAGCGCAGUACAAAGUGGCCAUCAAAGCGAUUCGGGAGGGCGCGAUGUAUGAGGAGGAUUUUAUUGAGGAAGCCAAAGUCAUGAUGAAACUAACACAUCCUAAGUUAGUUCAGCUGUAUGGUGUGUGCACACAACAGAGACCCAUCUACAUUGUAACCGAGUUCAUGGAGCAUGGCUGCCUUCUGAAUUACCUAAGACAAAAACGUGGGGUUUUGAGUAAAGAUGUCCUGCUCACGAUGUGCCAAGAUGUCUGUGAGGGAAUGGAAUACCUGGAGAGGAACAGCUUUAUCCACAGAGACCUGGCUGCCAGGAACUGCUUGGUGAAUGAUAUGGGAGUGGUUAAAGUAUCUGAUUUUGGGAUGACAAGGUAUGUCCUUGAUGAUCAAUACACAAGUUCCUCAGGGGCUAAAUUUCCUGUGAAGUGGUGCCCACCAGAAGUUUUUAAUUACAGUCGAUUCAGCAGCAAGUCAGAUGUCUGGUCAUUCGGUGUUUUAAUGUGGGAAGUGUUUACAGAAGGAAAAAUGCCCUUCGAAAAAAGUUCCAACUAUGAUGUGGUAACUAUGGUUAGCCAAGGACAUCGCUUGUACCGCCCCAAACUGGCCUCCAAGCAGGUAUAUGAAGUCAUGAUGAUGUGCUGGCAGGAGAAACCGGAGGGACGCCCAACUUUUGAAGACUUGCUCCAUAUAAUCAUUGACAUUGCGGAGGGUGAAGAUGCUUUCUGAGAAAAGGCAAUAUCAGUACAAGCACAGAAAAGAAACCACUUUCCAGAGAUAUUUUGUUUUCAAAGGUUUGGUCCUGGAUGCUGCUAGAUGCUGCUAAACAGUGUGGGGAGCCCGUAGUGUUUAGAUCAAUACAACGACAGUUUCACAUGAUUUUGGAAAACAAGCAUGGUAUCUUCAGCAGUAAUAACAGUCUUUGUAUUUUCUCUGAAAAUUCAGCAUUGCGUAGCCAGAAAGUAGUGCUCUUUGUGGAGGAAGAAAGUAAAAAUGACCCAAGUCUGGGAGCUUAAUUUGCAUUUAUUGAUUUGGGUUCAUAUACGUAUGGUCCAUGUUUCUGAAUUUCUCUUUACACAGGUAGCAGUAGUAGUCACGUGCAUGCUUUAAAAAAAUGAAGGUAUCUAUUUACUGACAUACAAAUGUUUCUAGGGAUUCUCCAGAAACACUAUUCAUGGAUGUUUCAUGCCAUACCAGGAACGCAAAUUUGCCCCUUUUAUUUGCACACAGUAAGUUGUUAACAGCACAGUCUUCAGUUUGUUGUAACACUCAAAAGUGUUGCUUCAGGACUGAGCCAUGAUGUGCCCAGAGCUAUUCUAGGCUGUUUGGUGAACCAGAGACCUUCCACAGACAUUACUCGUGAUCAAUCAGUCCAAGAUUCAGCUGGCUGUCAACAUACCGUAGUACCUUGUUUUAGAUUAAUUGUAAAAUAAUUUAUAUGCUGUAGGUAUUGUAAAUAUAUAAAUUUCAUGCAUUUAUUUAUAUAAACUGUUUUCCCCUUGACAUUUUCAAAUGCAAGCUUGUCCUACCUUGACUUACAUACAACUCUCAAUGCAUGGGGUUGUAAAUGAGAGACAAUGCACUCAAAUGUAGUUAAGGAGGACUUCAUUUUUCUGUCUGUCAUGUGUAUGUACAUUGAUUUAAUCUUUCUAUUCUUAACAGACAACACUGUACUACAUGUGUAUAUAAAUAAAUUGAGUGUUAACUAUUAUUUGGAACAACAUGUACAGAGUUGCCACUGAUUUACUGUCAAGACAUCGUAAGCCAAACUCAUUGUUCGUGUAAAUAUGGCAUUGUGAUUGUCCAUGUAUAUACAUGCCUGUGUGUACACAUGCUUUCUAUUAAAUGCAUAUAUUUUUAAUAUGAAUAUAUAUUUAAUUGGA